AUGAUCCAUGGUAACUACAAUAGUGACGAAAUAGACUAUUUAGAGAAACCAUACAAGCUGAGGACCAAGAUUAUAAUAGCAGCACUGGUGUUUCUCGUGUUCGUGUCUGCGUUAAGUGGUUUCCUUAUAGGCAGUGCCGAUUACGCAUCAUGGAAAAAUUCGGAACCACCCGACACAGUACAUGCCUUGCGACCUUCUCCAUCAAUACUUCAUGUGUUUCAAAGGGCAGCCGUGUGUACUGAUGCCCCUCAAUGUUCAAAAAUAGGAAGAGAAAUCCUUGCUUCAAAUGGGUCGGCGGUGGACGCGGCGAUUGCAUCCAUGUUUUGCAAUGGCUUCUACAACCAACAGAGUAUGGGUUUGGGAGGCGGUUUCUUCAUGACUGUUUACAUAAAAGAAGAGGAAAAAGCGUACACUGUGAUAGCGAGAGAGACUGCACCCGGGGCGGCUACUGCGGACAUGUACCAUGGGAACUACGACAAAGCAUCAAAAGGUCCUUUGGCAGUAGGGGUCCCGGGUGAAUUGCGAGGAAUGUGGGCGGCUUACAAGAGAUGGGGCAAGUUGCCUUGGGAAAGUUUGAUAGCACCGACCUUGGACAUUUGUGACAGUGGCUACGUUAUAUCUAAAGCGCUUUAUGAUGGAUUGGAGAGUGCGCCCUAUGUCAAGAACGAUCCUAACUUAAGAAAAACUUAUUACAACCCGACUAAAGGUCAAUUUUAUAAACCCGGCACUGUAGUGAAACCUGCCGAGGCUUUUUGCAAAACAUUGAAGCGAAUAGCUGCAAAAGGUGGUGACGAAUUAUACAAUGGAAGCCUUGCUGUGGAUUUCCUCGACGACCUGCACCGAGUGGGGAGUAUCAUCACAGCCGACGACCUGCAAAAUUAUCAAGCAAAGAUAACAGAACCGCUCGCGGUGCCCCUCAGUAGCGGAGACAUUCUGUACACCCCGCCACCGCCUAGCAGCGGCGUGAUAUUAGUGAACAUCCUGAACGUACUCAGCGGGUACAACUUCACUGCGGACAGCAUCAACGGCAGCGACCACAAAAUUCUUACCUACCAUCGGAUAUUAGAAACUUUUAAAUACGCGUACGCUACAAGAACUAAAUUGGGUGACCUUGAUUUCUUAGAUUUGAAAGAUCUGAUCCACAAUAUAACGACGCCGGAAUACGCUGCGGAAAUAAGACAGAGGAUAAACGACUCGUACACCAGCAACGACACGUCGGUGUACGGCGCCACCGAGUACAACAAACCGGACGCCGGCACUGCUCACAUCUCCAUCAUCGGCAAGAACGGCGACGCCGUCUCCGUCACAAGUUCCAUCAACCUCUAUUUUGGCGCCGGUUUCACGACACUUAACACUGGUAUCGUUAUGAACAACGUGAUGGAUGACUUCUCUUCACCGGGAAUCACCAAUUAUUUCGGUCUGAAGCCAUCACCGGCUAAUUUUAUAGCGCCGGGCAAAAGACCAAUGUCUUCAAUGAACCCUAGCAUAAUUGUAGAUAAAGGUGGUAAUGCGAAGAUGGUGAUUGGUGCGUCCGGGGGAACCAAAAUUACUACCGCCGUCGCCUUGGUGACAAUUCGUAAGCUCUGGUUUGACCAAACAAUAAAGGAAGCAGUGGAUGAGGCCCGGUUCCAUCACCAAAUAUUUCCUAUGCACGCAGAGUAUGAAUACGGCAUAACCGAGGACGUUGUUCAGGGCCUUAAAGCAAAAGGGCACGGAAUGGUGCGCUACCGGGGGAGAGGAUCAAUUAUUUGUGCGCUGUUCAGGAAUAAAACCGGUAUUUACGCCAACGCCGACUUCAGAAAAGGUGGAGACGUCGCUGGCAUAGACUAA